AUGGGUUGUGGGAGUUCUACAACAGCUACAGGUGGCUCAUCCAACACUCCUGUUAACAGACCAGGACGGACAAAACCACCGAUCACUUUUGUGGUUAACCAGGAAAAACAGGGAGGGCCGGAGUCAGAAAUUUCGUCACUGAUUCAAGUGAAGACUGUGAGUUUCCUCAUUGCUGAGAACUGCCCAGCACAUCACACUGAUGAGUAUGAUAUCACUGAACAUAAAUCGCAGCCCAAACUGGUGGUCAGAAGGGGUCAGGCGUUCAAGAUCCAAGUUGAGCUAGAUCGUCCAUAUGAUCAAGCAAAAGACAAAUUAUCUCUGGAGUUUGACAUUGGAAGUCACCCCACUCAGACCAACGGUACUUUCAUCAAGGUGGACUUGGAUGGAAAGGAAGAGAAGAAUCAGUGGAAUGCUAAAAUACAUAAUUCAAAGGAGACAACACUGAUCAUCAGUGUACUGCCCCCUCCAACUUGUAUCAUCGGACGCUGGGGCAUCCACAUCAGGGUCUCCAACAAGAACAGCAAAGAUGAAAAAACACCAUAUGCAUACAAGAUCUACACCCAUGAACACAGGAUCUAUAUCUUAUUCAACCCCUGGUGUAAAGAGGACACUGUUUACCUUGAUGAUGAGGGACUUAAGACGGAGUAUGUGCUCAAUGACUCUGGCAAAAUCUACUUUGGAAGUAAAUAUAGGAUCAGACCCCGUGCUUGGAACUUUGGACAGUUUGAUGGUGAUGUCCUUGACUGUGUUCUUGACAUACUCGAAGACAGCACACUCGAUGUGGCAGCCAGAAACGACUCCAUACUGGUGGUACGGAAACUGAGUGCACUGGUUAAUAACAUUGGUGACAAUGGCAUUCUUGUUGGCAACUGGUCUGGGAACUAUAAAAAUGGGACUUCCCCAGUAGUCUGGUGUGGCAGUGUGGCCAUAUUUGAAGAAUACUACAAAACCAAGAAACCAGUCAAGUAUGGCCAGUGCUGGGUCUUCUCAGGUGUGAUGACCACAGCUUGCCGUACUCUGGGUAUUCCAACAAGGAGUGUGACAAACUUUGCAUCAGCCCAUGACACAGAUGCUAGUAUCACAAUAGACAAACACUACGACAUCAAUCACAAACCAAUCAAGAAACACAACAAGGAUUCUGUCUGGAAUUUCCACGUUUGGAAUGAUGUUUGGAUGAGUCGCCCAGACUUAGAUGGUGACAAUGGUGGCUGGCAGGCCACUGAUGCUACACCACAGGAAACAAGUGAUGGUGUUUUCUGCUGUGGCCCAUGUCCUCUGAAAGCUCUCAAAUCUGGUGAUGUGAACGUGCCCUACGAUGGUCACUUCAUCUUUGCUGAAAUGAAUGCAGACAGAGUGGACUGGCAAGAGGAUGAAGAAGGAAAGUUUAACGUUGUGAAAGUGACCCCAUCAAGUAUUGGAUUCUUCAUCAGCACUCACCUUCCUAAGUGUAAAGGUGUUUCUACUGGCAGAGGACCAUGCAGUGACAAACGAUGGGAGGAUAUUACCUCAGAGUACAAACACAGCGAAGGUUCUAAUGAUGAAAAGGUUGCACUGAAUAAGGCUAACAAGCACAGCACACGUCCCGGAGAGAUUUACGGUCAUACUGACUCAAACCAGGAUGUGAAGUUUGAGUUGAAAGAAAAGGAUGAUAUUGUGUAUGGUCAGCCAUAUGGGGUUGACAUCAUCAUGGAAAAUCAGUCAGGAAACAGUCGGGAAGUGGCAAUCAGUAUUACACUGGAGAGUUUGACCUCUGCUGGGAUUACUGACAACAUUGUGAGAGAUACUGAUGAUCAUAUUGUCAUCCCUGCAGGAGAAAGUAUGACACAUUAUAUACCUAACUAG